AAUUACAUCACUACAGCUGGUCCGCCUCUGCACAACUCUUUGCACACCGAGUGUAAAAUGGAUUCACAAAUGACCGAUGUAUUUUAGCUUUACCAUGGUUUCAGGUACAGUAAUUUUCUUAAUUCUCUUGAGCCCAUCCCUGGGGGACCCUGUCACUAGGAGCUUAAGCUUUGACAAGCAUAAAGUCAGCGAGUACGUGAGCCAACAAAGUACAAUAGUCCACAGAGAAAUAAACAAUUCCGGAGCGCUGAAGAAACUGUUCUCUGUAAGAUUUGAGGAUAUUCCUACGUCACUGAGAGGGGAAGCAGACAUCAAUGUUGAGUAUUACGCGUACACUUUGGUCAAGGAAAGGAGGCACAUUCAGAGGCUGAUGCUGAUACACAUGUCUCACUGCACAGUCGCGGCUCUUGGCGCGUACUUGGUUGACAAAUCUUUCUUGUUCCCUUUUGUCAAGUCUAUCGUCUUGGACGACGAAGGGAGGAGGCAAAGUUUAGAGGAGACGUGGACCAAACAUCAGCAGAGAGUUAGCGACUUUGUCCACGCUUAUCUGGAGUAUAAGAAUAUCCCGUACUCAUCAUUGCUGCGCAACCACGUUGGUGUCAAAUACGUGGAAAUCGAGGUGAAACCAGACCAUAUAGAGCUGUUACCCGUGUACGUGGAGAAAAAAGGGGAUCCUCUUCCUCCAUACACCAGCGAUAUAACCUCGUCUGCCUCCAGAAUCCUCCAGAACUGGUGGGCAGGAGACGACGAUCUUCCGAACUAAUAAAAUAUGUGAUUUGUGAAAUAAAAGUGUGAAAAAUA